UUUUGGAGAGACGUAAACGGCAGCAGCAGCAAGGUUGCUUCAUGUUUCGCAAGGCGGGGGGCGGGGGCGUGCCAAGUGACGAACUUACGGCCAACAAACAACAGCAGCAGCAACAGCAGCGGCAACAACAGCAACAGCAACAACAACAACGGCGGCAACAGCAACUGGCCCGUUUGGAGCAGCGCGCAUGCCACACACAGUUUAAAUAUGUGAAAUUAGUACAAAUCGUGAUUUCAACAGCGAACGACCGACGACGAACGACGAAGCGGCGAAAACAACAACAACGAACGUGUGUCGGGGGAUCGUAACGUCAACGUUUCGAGUGGCAACAGCAGCAGCAGCAGCAAUAACAACAACACCGUCACGUCACGUCGCACGUAUGUAUUGCGGCAACAACAACAACAUGCAAUAAAACAGCUGAUAGCAGCAACAAAUAGAAAACCCAAAACACUCAGCAGCAACAGCAGCAGCAGCAGCAACAACAAAAGCGUCGCAUUAUCAAGCAAGCAACCAACAGGUCUCCGGCAGCGCAGCAGCAGCACCAGCAACAACAACGACAACAACAGCUACGUUGUUGAGUUGUCGAGUGAGCGCAAAAAAAAAACAAAAACAAAAAAAGCCCCCGCGUGCCGCUGCAACCAGCAACCAGCGAACACAAACACAUUACACACACACACAGCGAGACACACUAAUACACGCAUACAUAUUCGCGGUCGCCAGCCAGUGUGCACACACACCAAUACAAACAAGUGAACAGCAAAGCACAGAGUCUCGCACACCUUUGCGUUGAUUUUGGACGAAGCGACGUCGGUCGCACCGUGAUACAGCAACUGUCAAAAACUGAACACUUAUCACACGUGCUUGCGCGCGCGCGCACUUUACAACCCCCCACAAAAACAACCCCACCACACACAUAAAAGAGAGAGAGAGAGAGACAGACAGAAGGAACUCAGCAACUUCCUUGCUUCCCCCAGCAACAACUUUCACCACACACACAAUGUCCAGCAGCGGCGCCGCAGCGCAGUACAAACUUGACGCCAACUCCAAUGCCAUCGUUUUGAUUACGGACGCUGCUGGCGCUGUCGCAGCGCUGCCACCGUCACCAUCAGCACCUGGCGAUCGCAUUGAAUGGUCGCGCGCCACAAUAUUGGGAUUCAUCGAGGACUAUCGACGUCAGCGCGUCCUUUGGGACCCCAACACGAAAGGCUAUCAUAUCAAGCAAACAAAAUACGAGGCAUUAAAGCUGCUGAGUGAGAAAUAUGGCACCGAAAUACGUUCGAUACGUUCGAAAAUUAAAUCGCUGCGCUCGUCAUUUCAUCGCGAGCAUGGCAAGGUGCUCAAUGGACGCAAUCGUGGUGUGCAUUAUCAGCCCAUGUGGUUUGCCUAUGAAGCGAUACGUUUCAUCUUGGAUGGUGACGUCGACGUCGACAGCAACGUCGCUGCCUUGGAUGCUGCUGCUGUCGUUGAGCCGGUUGCUGUUGAUUCGGAAGCGGCUGAUAAACUAGCCCUAAUGCAUAGCCUAGAUUUGGAACAGCUGACAGCUGCUGGCAAACAGCAACAGGUUGUUGAGCAGCAGCAGCAGCAGCAAAGCGAAGAGUUCGCUGCUCGCGUCGCUGCUGCCGUCGCAGCUGUGGCAGCCGCUGCGGCAGCGAAUAUCAGGGAACGGGAUCAUCAUUUGCUGCUGGAUACCAACAACGAUGCAGCGACCUCCGAAGCUAACUCAAAUGGAUGUGCGGGCGUUGGCAGCGACGCGACUGCAGCAGCAGUAGCGGACGCAGCAGCAACUGCAUCAGUCUCAGCAGCCGUGACACGUUCCUCUUCCGAUUUGGACGGCGAGAAUUAUUGCAAUAUUAGCGCCGAAGAUGUGAAAACUGAAAUUAUUGAGCAUGAAAGCGAGCUGGGACUGCUCGAUCGUCAGACGAGCACACCGCUAUCGCUGAGUUAUUUCAAGCCCACGGAUCUGACGUACAAUCCUCGGAAGCGCAAGGCGCAGAAUCCGAUGGAUGACAAUGAUGAUGGUGGCAGUGAUUGUGGAGUGGGAGAUGCUGCUGCUGCUGCUGCAGCUGGGCCAGCCGGUGUGGGCGUUGGCAUCGUUGGGGGCGUGGUUGGGGCGCUGACACUGACGCCAAUCAAAUCAUCAUCGAUGCAGUCGCAGUCGCAGUCGCUGUCGUCGCAACAGCAGCAGCAGCUGCAGCUGAACCACAGUCAGAUAGCAUUUCAUGCACUGCAACAACACUUUAGCCACAGCCACAAUCUCAGCCACAGCAGCCACAAUGGCAAUGGGCAUUCACAGCAGCACUUCCAUCACCAUCAUCAUCAGCAGCAACAGCAGCAGCAGCAACAACAUUCCAAUAACAUGGCACAAAAACGUGAUCGUGAUCGUGAUCUCUCUUCCUCGCCAACUGAGGCCAACAACAACAACAACAGCAACAACAACAACCACAGCAGCAGCAGCAAUAGCAACAAUAAUAAUAAUCGUAAUUCGUCCACAUCCUUGGAGCUGACAACAGCGACAGCAGCAACAACCAGCAACAGCAGUAGCAGCAGCAGUGGCAUAUCCUCAAGCCUUAAGCUCAGCACCAACGCCAACAACAACAACAGCAGCAGCAAUAACAUCAGCAGCAAUCAUGUAGAUGAGUAUGGAGUGUUUGGGGAAUAUGUGGCCAUCACCAUACGUAAGCUAAAGACAUCAAAGUCAAAGAUUGUGGUCAAGCAUCUGAUCAAUAAUCUGCUCUACGAAGCAGAGCUGGGUAAAUAUGAUCAGGGCAUGCCAGCCUCCAAGGAGCCGCCGCAGCUCUACAAGAUGCAAUAGUCGAUAUUUAUCGAUAUCUAGUACGCGGCUUGUAGUUAACAAAAAAACAAAAAAAAAGAAGAAAACAAAACAAAGCAAAACAUUAUUAUGAUAAAGAAAGAAAAACAAAUGAGGGGUAUCCAAUCCAGAGAACGCACUAGUCAGCAAAAUCAGAGAGCGAGCGAGUUAAUUGUGGAUAAGGGGGAUAAGGGGGAUUUAGCCAAGCGCAUUUCAUUCAGGGACAAAGACCAUUUAAGUACUUUAUACACUAAACAUACAAAUUAAGCAUACGUAGUGAGAGAGGAGAACAUAUCAACAACAAUUGUGAAUGAUAUCAGUGAAAAUCAGUCAGCAACCCACGAAGAACAGCAAAAUGUCAACAUACCAUUAAAUGAAUUAAAUAUUACCAUACAUAUAUACAUAUAUAUAUAUACAUUUGUACUAUAUAUUAUUAUAUACAAGAAUUUUUUCAGUUCAGUUUUCAGUUUUUAGUUUUGUUUUUUUUUACGUUUAUUUACAAUUUAAUUUUGGCAAUAACACUUUUUGAACUCAGGUGCCUUUAUUUUUCGUAGUCAUUUAAGCGUUGUUAUCUUAUGCAUUAAUGAAUCAAUCAAUACACAUAUGUAUGUACACAUACCCUUACAUAUUUACAUAUAUUUUCAAUAUAUACAUAGUCGUAGUAGAAUCCACGUUGAAUCAGCAACGAAAAACAGUAGCCACAAUAUUAAUGUACAUAAUUAUUAAGUCAUUUAAUUCUCUUACGGAUCGGAUCAUAUGCGAAAUGCUAAAACUUAUACUAUGCAUAUGCAUCCAACUUAAAGCGCUUUGUACAUAUUAUAUGUAGAAUGGAGGAAGCGAAACAAAACCACUUUGUAAUAAUUAUUUCAUAAGUAUCUAUUACCAAUUUUGUUACUGAAACUAAUUUGAAUUGAUCUAAAGUUAACUAAUAAAAAGAACACUGUUGAAUUAUUUCAUUUUGAAAAUGAUACGUAUAA